AUGUGGUUCACAAACAGGUCUCAAAGGACUGAUGAGGCACUAGUACGGCAAGGAAAAGACCUAGUUACCUAUGCUAUUGUAAAUGCUGUAGCCAUGAGGAAAAUCACAAAGAAGUAUGACAAGAAAUGUUGCUCGAAACAAGGGCAAUCUUUCAGAACUGAAGCGCGGAGGCUGCACAUCGAGAUACUUGAAUCCCCGUGGCUGCACGAGCUCAUGGCUUUGUACAUCAACUUGAGGUGGAACAACACCGUUUCAAUGGAGCUCUUAGUGGACCUCUCCCUCACAUUCGGCGAUGAGGAUAAGCCGACGCUCUCUUGUAGCCUCUUGGAUUCCUUGCGGGUCGACAUUGACUUAACCUGUUCAAUCUGCUUGGACACAGUGUUCGAUGCAGUUUCUCUUUCAUGUGGCCACAUCUUCUGCUACCUGUGUUGCAGCGCUGCAGCCUCUGUGACAGUUGUUGAUGGACUCGAGUCUGCAGAUCCCGGAUCAAAAUGCCCGAUUUGUCGCCGGGCCGGUGUCUUUCCUAACGCUCUGCGGCUGAAUCAGCUCAACAUUCUGCUUAGAAACAGUGAAAUACUUCUGCCUUCCUACAGUUGCCCGGAGUACUGGGAGAAGAGGAUGCAAACCGAGCGUGCUGAGCGUGUUCGCUUGGCCAAGGAGCAUUGGGAAAGACAGUGCAGAGCCUUCACGAGCAUAUGA